AUGGCGGAGAACGACACCCCGCUAAAGCGGGGCAACGCUCUGCUGGCCGAGGGCGAUCACGAGAAGGCCCUGCAGGUCUUCCAAGAGGCCCUGCAAUCUGAUCCCUCCGCGGACGCGCACGAGGCCCUGGCGCGCGCCUAUAUCAAGGGGGAGCGAUACCUGGAGGCAGCAGAGGCGGCGCUCAAGGCCAUCACCGUCGAUGCCGGCCUCGCCAAGGCCUACCUGCGGCGCGGCAUCGCUCUGUUCCACCUGGACGAGUUUGAGACCGCACUGGAGGCGUUCGAGAAGGGCAAGGAGCUGCGGCCGACGCUGGCGGCGUUUGACACAUGGAUCCGCAAGUGCAGGGCAGAGAUAGACGGCGAGGUGGAGGAGAUCGAGCCGCCCAAGGAGCCGGAGCGCCCGCCCGGCGGCCCCAAGAUCACAUUCCUGCCCCCACGAGAGGACCCGCCGUCGCCGCCCUCGCCCGCGUCCCCCGCCGCGGGCGCGGAGCCGACGCCGUUCUACAAGCCCAGGGCCGCGGCAGCCAAGCAGCAGCAGCAGCAGGGCGCGGCGGGGCCGGUGGCGCCGUCGGGCAACGUGCCGAUCCCCAACAAGAUCAGGCACGAGUACUAUCAGGUGGGGGCCGACAAGCUCGUGGUGGACGUCUUCGCAAAGGCCCUCACGCAGGAGCGCUUCCAGGCCGAAUUCCAGGAGCGCCGCCUGCGCCUCGCAGUCCUGCCCGCAGCCGCAGCGGAGGGCGCCGCGGCAGCGGCGGAGGCGGCAGCGGCGGGAUCUGAGGCGGGCGGCGGCGGGCAGGGCCCCGAGUGGGAGCUGGACAUCGAGCUGUUUGGGGCUGUGGACGUUUCGACCUGCAAGUUUGAGAUCCUGCGCACCAAGGUGGAGGUCACGCUGCGCAAGGCGGAGCCCGGCAAGAC